UACUCUCAUAAGUAAUAUGGAAUUAAAAAUACUGCAGCUUGCGGGUGUGAUAUUUUUACUUUUCUGGACGGAGGCGAUGAGUGAACCCUAUGAGAUUCUUAAAACUCUCAAAAUUUGGAUGACCAUCAGCGCAAAAGAUAAUUUUUUAGAGGUCUCUUGGAGUAAUGCCCCGGCUGACGUUGGCGAUGAAGUCCUUAUUACGAAGGGAGAUGCCUUUAUCUUUAAAAAAAACCUCCUUCCGGAUAAGAAGAAAGGAGGGGUAUGGUUGGCUAAUAGAGGAGUCACAAAGGUUGUUGCUGCGAUUAAAUUGAGACAGGGAGUUUUUAACCAUUGGCACACCACUAGACUUCCGUUUAAUUACACCUUAUCUAGAAAUGUGACAGUUCAAACAUCGUGCUAUGGCUUUUGGGCCAGUUACAUCGAUGCUCAGGGAACAAUCCUGGCCAAAACCUGCUUGAAAGUGUUUCCUCGCUGGAUGAACGAACUGAAGUCAAAGAUCGGAGAAAUGCGACUGCGAGAUCUUUUUAUUCCCGGAACCCACGACUCCGGCGCAUAUCAUCCUGUAGAUUUACCAUGGUACAAUCAGUUUUUGGUGAGAAAGUACUAUCUGACCCAAGAUGACGACAUCAGGGGUCAGCUUUUGCAUGGUGUACGAUACCUGGACAUACGGGUGGGUUACUACUCACAUCUUUCUCCGGAUAAGUUUUAUAUUAAUCAUGAUAAAUACAAACUGCGUCCUCUGGAAGAGGUUAUCAAUCAGGUAAUAGACUUUGUUAACGAAACCAACGAGGUUGUGAUCUUUGGAAUCAAAGAGUUUCCAGUAGGGUUUUCUGAAGACAAUGACCCUCACCGCCAGCUAAUCAGUUAUUUACGAAUGAAAUUCCAAGAUCUUUUAGUUGAUCCUUCGUUAACAUGGAACGCAACCAUGCAGGACAUUUGGAACAGAAAGCAAAAUGUUAUCCUGGCAUAUGACCACAAGGAUAUGGUCAAAGAGUUCCCAGAGGUCUUGUUUGAAGCCGUGAAACAAAAGUGGGGCGACAAGCAGUCAUGGCUAGAUCUUGAGACAUUUUUGCGUAAUUUAACCGAUUUUUACUGCCGCAGAGAGUGUUUUCUGUGUCCGGUGUCCGCAAUGGCAGAGUUAACCCCUAAAGUAAACGGGAUGUGUUUGAUCAAUUUAAUUAUUCCCAUGGGCUGUGACCUACGUGAUAUGGCAGACGAAGUUAAUCGGCGAAUAUCUCAACUAUACCGAAAUGAAUGGGGCACAUAUGCCAACAUUGUGUCAGCGGAUUUCAUAAGGGGUACCACACUAGUCGAAACUGGCAUAGAAUAUAAUACACACCCAAGGAAAAGAACCAGUUCAAUGGAGGAAUUAGAAAUAAAUUUACCGUGGAACAAUCGGUAUUGGAUUGAAAAGUAUCUGACCCAAGAUGACGACAUCAAGGGACAGCUUAUGCAUGGUGUACGAUACCUGGACAUACGCGUGGGUUACUACUCACAACUUUCUCCGGAUAAGUUUUACAUUAAUCAUGAUCAUUUCAAACUGAGUCCUCUGGAAGAGGUAAUUGACUUUGUCAACGAAACCAACGAAAUUGUGAUCUUUGGACUCACUGAGUUUCCACAAGAAAGAGCAAGCCAAUCCCGACAGGCCAACUAG